UAUGUGCGGGCAGUUGAACUAAAUCAACAAAUGAAUCACGCUGUAGCGUGCAAUGCGUGUAGUGGCGGCCAUGCUCAGAAUUAUUAUAGCGGCUGGACGAUUUGGAAUCAUGGAAUAGGGCAGAAUAGGGAGUGUCACAGGGGUGUUAAUGCGGUAGUGUUCAAACUGUUAUGUGAUCGUUUCCCAUAUUUUAUUUAAUUUUAAAAUGACUGGGCUAUUUGACCAGAUUAAAUUGUUGUUUGAACAGCAGUUAUAUUCUAAUGUCGUGGCUCUGGCAAAUUUGGUUUUAACUGUAAGUGAUCAUGAUGCUGAAUCUCUUCCUCCUCCAGCAAAAUUUCAAACAUUUGUGUUCUAUGGCGACUCAUUGUUUUAUCUUGGCCAGUAUCGAAAAGCUGAGGGCAUAUAUCGGCGUGCAUUGCAGUUCAAGAAAACUCUUAUGAAAAGUAAAGCCAAACCUCAGGACAGCAGUCACAAAGAACUUAUGCCUGAUAUAGAUAUAAAGUACCAAAUCCAUCUGUGUCAUGUUCAUUUGAAGCAAAACCACCAAGCAAUGAUGGUUCUACAGUCCAUUCCUGGGCGACAGCGGACAGCUAAAAUAAACAUGGCCCUUGGAAAACUGUACAGACUUGGGGGCAUGGAACGCUCAGCAGUUUCAUGCUACAAAGAAGUUCUCAGGGAAUGUCCUUUAGCCUUAGAAGCUGCAGAAGGUUUAUUGCGGCUUGGCGUUAAAGGGGUGGAAGUAAACUCUCUUAUGCUAACAUCAUGGAUAAAAGCACAUGCUCACAUACACGGUCGUGAAUACACACAGGCAGUUACAACAUUGAGGCAAUUAGAAGAACGCUCACCAUUGCGAGAAAACCACAGCUUGCUAGUAGCGAUGGGAGAAUGUUAUUACUACUCAGGAGAUACCAAGAAUGCUCUUAUUUCUCUUCAGAGGGCACAAGCCCAAGAUCCACAUAUGGAACGAGGACUGGAUAUAUUAGCUGCACUAUUGGCAAAAGAAAGACGUCACAAAGAUUUGGAGAGGCUAGUAGCUGUGCCAUCAGGUGUAUCUGCGACAGAGCACAGUCCUGAACAUUGGGUUGCUAUGGCCUACUUACUGCAUGCAGCUAAACGAAAUUCCAAGGCUAUUUAUUUUGCUCAAAAGGCUUGCAUGGCCCAUCCACGCAAUGUGGAAGCACUCAUUCUGAAAGGAGCCAUCCUGAUGGAGAUAAAGAAAUACACAGAGGCUGUGAUACAUUUUCGAGAGGCAAUGCAGAUGGCUCCCCAUCGAUUUGAACCUCAUUUAGGUUUAGUUGACUGUUAUGUGGGAAUGCAUCGCCUUCGAGAAGCCCUCACAAUUGCAAGCAAUGCAUGUAAACAGCUGGGCCAAAGUCCUCGAGCUCUGACUCUCUAUGCAUCAGUUCUGACAAAAGAUCCAGUGACUGUGGUGAAGGCACGAGCUGUGCUAGAGAAAGCUCUCCAGCAGGAUGAACGCUAUUUGCCUGCUGUGUACCUCCUGGCAGAAGUCCUGGAGCAAGAGAUGUCAGUGGAGGCAGCUAUUUCGCUUCUGGAGCGACAGGUAGCGAUCCAACCAACUUGUUUGCUGCACCAAAUGCUAGGGGAUCUAUUGGCACGAGCACAUGAUGAAGAAAGAGCUCUUGAUCAUUACAGUAUCGCCCUGAAUUUGGACCCAAGCAAUCGUCGAGCACUUGAGGGACUCCACCGGCUAGAUUCUUCGGGAGGCGGUGCAGCAGGGGGCAGUGGAGGCAGUGCUGGAGGCGGAGCAAGUGGCACAGGAGGAGCUGGUGGCAGUAGCGGCUCAGGCACUGGCAGUGGUACGGGUAAGCUGGAUGGCUCCUACUACAUGGGAGAGGAGGAGGGCGCGGGUGGCCCUGCGGGCAGUGCCUACGAACGCCUUGCGGCAGCAGCAGCUGCAGCCGCGGCCGCUGCGGAUGCUGCGCAUGCUCGGGUCACGGCUGCAUCGGCUGGUGAUUCGGAGAAUGAGGCUACCACUGGAGAUGCGGACGAGAGUGAGACUGAAGCAGUGUGGUCAGACAUGGAUCUGGAGCUGGCCACUUCAUAUAAUCGAAGUGAUCGACACUGUGAUAUGGAAGUGGAAGUCUGGGCUGUGCUUUAGGACACUGAGAAACAUUGGAACCCUGCAGAAUCCAAAUAGUGGAUGGAAGAGAAGUUCAAAUGAGUGAAUGUUCAAACUGAAAGUUUAUUUAUUUUUGUUCAGAGAAUGUUAUAAUUGUGUAUGUUUUGGAGAUAUUUUAUAAUUUUCUUUUAUAAUUUCUUAUCUCCUACUUGUGAAUGAAGAUCAUUGAACUAGUUUAAAAUUUUGGAGAAGUUCCUCAGUAAGUUGAGAGACUGAUAAAAUGUAUUUGAGAUUAUUGUCAACUCUCCUAAGGAUUAUUGUUGAAAUAUAGCUCAAUAUGUAUAUUUCAUUGUAUUUCAAUGUCAAUAUAUGUUUGUUUGUUUUUUAUAUGUAAUUUACCCUAUUUCAGUAUCCUUGCUUCAAAUAUAAUAUCCAUAUUGGCCUUCAGUUGUACAGUAAUAUUAGUGUUGCAUUUUCAAGAAUUGAGAACUACGCCUUGAAAUCUUUAUGACUGUUCAGCCUACAUUUAGUCGUUGAAACAAAAUAUUUUAAUUCUUAGAAUAUUAAUGUCGUGUAAUCCGUAGAACUCAAGUCUGUUUCAAGAAUAGUAAGUAGUGUAAUUAUACAGAAAUGCUGUGAAUAAAAAAUAUUGUGAUUUUUCAAUCAAUAUGUUCAAGGUAUAUGUGCUUAUCUUGAAAUUAUAAUUUUAAUUUAAUUAUAUAUAGUUAAUGGAAAAUGUGGUAGUAUAGAAAGCAUGUGGAAACAAAACUUACUGUGAAUUACCUAAGAAAAAUUAACAUGUUUCGCUUUUGGUAAUUAGUAGAAGGCCAAAAAGGAGUUGCAUAUUUUUUUAAAAAGUUUGAAAUUGUAAUUAUGUCUUUGGAAACCAAUUAUCUUGUUUUUAUUGCAUCAAUGUUUUAAGGUAAUGAAUACAGAACACAUUUUCAUGUUAAUACUUAUUUUUACUGAAAGACUUUACUUCUUUUUAUUUGGUAGAAUAUAACCUGCAUGCAAUAAUGGUUUUAGUUUGCAUUACAUCCAGGAGGUAUCACAACUAUUUUUAUUUUACGUGUAUUUACAUUUUUUGGUAUAAUUACUUCUUUUACAUAUUACUAGUUGUAUAUUUUGUUACAUUUUGAAAUCUUUACCUGUGGAAACAGAGUAUUUCAGAAGAGAGUUUGCAAAAUCAUGUUCUUGGAGUCCCCUUGCUGCUUAACAAAGUAAGGUAAUACUACACUAGAGCUUCAGAUCUUCACUGUGAUUUGUGAAACUUACUCCCUACUUCUUAGAAGUUGCAUAUCUGGAAUGAUAUUGUUCCUUACGUUUCAUAGAGACCGAGUAGUUCAGUCAGCAAGUGCUGAAGGAGGGGGGGGGGGCUGUAAAAAUUGUCAUAAAAACUUUUUCUUUUGGUAUAUUGUAUUUUGACCAGCAAUAGUUAUAAUCCCAAGUAUUCUACCUUCUAGAUCCUGUGCUCAAUCCAGGAGGGCCAAAAAAACAUGUUAGUUUUUUCUGACCUUUUUGGGGUUUCCUCUGAAUCUCUUUAACUUUUAAUCCUGUAGAAAAAUAAUUGCAUUCGGUUUUAAAAAGUAUAAAAUUUCUUACAACUUUUGCAUAAAUAAUUUCUUUUGAAUCUCAUUACCAAGGGAGCUAAAGCUUUUUUAAUAAAAUGUCCUUUUUCAUUUCCUCACAAUGUGU